UUUUCAGUGCUCGCUCUGCAUUUGUUUGUGUCCUUCUCCUUGCCGAGAUUAGAGGAAUACCUGUGCAGUGCUGCUUUAUUAUGAUUUCUGCUGAGCCUCAGAAUAGGUUCUGGUGUUUUUUUUAGGUGGACUGCGAGCUGCCAAUCUCGCUGUUGACAGUAAAAGCAGAUAUGUUCCUUGCUCACUGCCAUUAGCACUGACCAUGACCCUUCACACCAAAACCUCUGGAGUUACCCUGCUGCACCAGAUUCAAGGCACUGAACUGGAGACGCUGAGCAGACCUCAGCUGAAGAUCCCCCUGGAAAGAUCACUCAGCGACAUGUACGUGGAGAGCAACAAGACAGGAGUUUUUAACUACCCAGAAGGGGCCACUUAUGAUUUUGGUACGACGGCUCCAGUGUACAGCUCUACUACUCUCAGCUAUGCCCCUACUUCUGAAUCUUUCGGGUCCAGCAGUCUGGCAGGAUUUCACUCACUGAACAAUGUCCCACCAAGCCCAGUGGUGUUCUUGCAAACGGCACCCCAGCUCUCGCCCUUCAUCCAUCAUCACAGCCAACAGGUACCCUAUUACCUUGAAAAUGAACAGGGCAGCUUCGGGAUGAGGGAAGCUGCUCCUCCAGCCUUCUACAGGCCGAGCUCUGAUAACAGGCGCCACAACAUCCGGGAGAGGAUAUCCAGUACCAACGAGAAGGGGAGCCUGUCCAUGGAAUCCACCAAGGAGACCCGGUACUGUGCUGUCUGCAAUGACUACGCUUCAGGCUACCAUUAUGGGGUUUGGUCUUGUGAGGGCUGCAAAGCUUUUUUCAAAAGGAGUAUUCAAGGGCACAAUGACUACAUGUGUCCUGCUACUAACCAGUGUACCAUUGACAAGAACAGAAGAAAGAGUUGCCAGGCUUGUCGACUAAGAAAAUGCUAUGAAGUGGGAAUGAUGAAAGGUGGAAUCCGGAAAGACCGCAGAGGUGGGCGAAUGAUGAAACAAAAACGUCAAAGAGAGGAGCAGGAUUCCAGGAAUGGGGAGACUGCUUCUACAGAGCUGCGAGCUCCCACCCUUUGGGCAAGUCCACUGGUGGUUAAACACAACAAGAAGAACAGUCCAGCCCUGUCCCUGACGGCAGAACAGAUGGUCAGUGCCUUACUGGAAGCUGAGCCACCCAUAGUUUAUUCUGAAUAUGACCCAAAUAGACCAUUCAAUGAAGCCUCUAUGAUGACCCUGUUGACCAACCUUGCAGACAGAGAAUUAGUGCACAUGAUCAACUGGGCAAAGAGAGUUCCAGGAUUUGUGGAUUUAACACUCCAUGAUCAGGUCCAUCUACUGGAAUGUGCCUGGUUAGAGAUACUGAUGAUUGGCUUAGUCUGGCGCUCCAUGGAACACCCAGGAAAGCUUUUGUUUGCACCUAACCUAUUACUGGACAGGAAUCAAGGGAAAUGUGUAGAGGGCAUGGUGGAAAUCUUUGACAUGCUGCUGGCUACUGCUGCUCGGUUUCGCAUGAUGAACCUUCAAGGGGAGGAAUUUGUGUGCCUUAAGUCCAUCAUCCUGCUCAAUUCUGGUGUGUACACUUUUCUUUCCAGCACCUUGAAAUCUCUGGAGGAGAGAGACUAUAUUCACCGUGUUCUGGACAAAAUCACAGACACUCUGAUACACUUAAUGGCUAAGUCGGGUCUUUCUCUGCAGCAGCAACACAGACGACUGGCUCAGCUCCUCCUCAUCCUCUCUCACAUCAGACACAUGAGCAACAAAGGAAUGGAGCACCUGUACAAUAUGAAGUGUAAGAACGUAGUUCCACUCUAUGAUCUCUUGCUGGAGAUGCUGGAUGCUCACCGACUGCAUGCCCCACCAGCCAGGAGUGCUGCACCGAUGGAAGAGGAGAACCGGAGCCAGCUGACAACUGCACCAGCUUCAUCUCAUUCCUUGCAGUCUUUUUAUAUAAACAGCAAAGAAGAGGAGAAUAUACAGAACACAAUAUAAAUAAAAGUCAGCAUAUAUAACGGUAUGAGAAACCCAGCAGCGUACUACCUAGCUCUUGCUUCAUUUCGUCUAUAGUGCCACCUAUGUAAACACUCCAGUGACAACAGUCACCUGCGUUUUCCAUUCGAGUGUUUGUCAAGUGCUUGCCUAAAUCGAUUGCUUAUCCGAAAUGGAAGACAUUUCAUUGCUAUGGACAGCCAGCAAGGAUUGUCAGGCUAACUUGAUUCGAAAUUUGCAGCUUGUAUUUAAUUUUGCAUGUAAGUUGGGUAAGUGCUAAUCUAAACUGAACAUUCAUUUUACUAUAAAUUAAUAGGCCAUACCACCUGUGUGUAAUGAUAUCUUCAUGAGUGGCAGCCUUUGUUGAUAUCCAUCCCAAAUUCCGAGCUCGCUUGAUCCUUUACUUGCUUAAAACUUUUGAAGCAGUUUAGUAGAGAUUCUGGAUGACUUUUUUGGGGAUGUAAAUGGACAGUUGAUUGGCAUCUUAGAGUGCCAUAUUGAAACUGUACUACUAGUGACUGCCUUGGUAGCUUAGGUAGAUUCCCGCCUCGCUUCUUCCUGCAGGAGAAAGGAACUGCUGUCCGAGAAGAAGAAUGUUUUACCUUGCUGGCUUGCAUCAGCAGACAACUCCUUCCCAAGAUCAUACUGACCAAACUUUUAGGUCCCCUUACCAUAUCCUCUAGCCAAAUUGCACUGCAUGCAUCCUAUCUUGUCUGAUCCUCCAAAGCUGAGUUGUUCUGUUGCUUGGCAGCGUGUAAAUCACGGGCAACAUGGAAAAUAGUGAAAACAUAGAUAAUUACUCUUAAAUCAGACCAGAUGAUUACAAAAAUCACCAGGUCUUAAAAAAAAAUAGGUUCUCACACACAUACAAGAUCCAGCACUAUU